GUAAAGCACCUGGUCCGGUCUGUUAUCUAACCACAAGGGCAGCAGUGCCUUUCCUGUUCUUACCCUCCGAAGGGAACACCAGCCUGGGACUGAGGUGCUGACCACCACCCUGAGUGCUGCGCCUGGGCCUUCCCAAGAAAUUGGGAACCUCUGACUGGGGCAAGCAGCUUCCAGCACCACCCACAGCCACCAUGAAGGUUCUGAUCUUGACCCUCCUGUUUCUGCCACUACUGCUGAUGUCCAUGGUCUCUAGCAACCCGAACUCAGGGGUCGCCAGAGGCAACAGGGACCAACGCCAGGCUUCUGGGAGGAGGCUCCUGAAAGGCAGCCAAGAAUGUGAGUGCAAAGAUUGGUUCCUGAGAGCCUCUAAGAAAAAACCCAUGACAGCAGCCGGGCUGCCAAAGAAGCGAUGUCCCUGUGAUCAUUCUACAGUCAGCGUGAAGAAAACCAAUAGAAUCUUCCAUGGAAGAUUACUGUGCCCUUGGGUAUGGCCUACCCAGGUGUCAGUCAACCUGCUGACAGUGGACAUCAUGAAGAUACUCAGCCCCCUGAAACCUGACCCCUUGCCUCAUUUGAAUAGCUUCUCCUCAAUAAAAGGGGUCAGCCGCGCUCUCGCUCUCUCUCUUCCUGUGGACCCUUAGGGUCAGAGGAGCCGUCACAGCCACCCCAAAGAAAAAGGACACCGAAGGCACCACAGGAAGUCAAACAAGCAUUCCAGAGCCUGCCGGCAAUUUCUCCAACAAUGUCAAUUAGAAAGCUUUGCUCUGCCCUUGUAAGAGCUCUGAGAUGAGAGCCUUCUCUCCACAAAUUCUCAGCCAAAAAGGCAGUGGACCCAAAGCAUGUUCUUAUUCUUCCCCACUCCCUGUCCCCCCACCUCCACCAUCAUUCCAGUCCUAUCAGAUGGCACCUUUUUCCAACAUCAUGGAUUAUUGCUCCCUCUAGUGCAGCCUCCUCUUGCCAGUCUUUUUCUGUGCCCUCCCUUACCUGGGCUUCAGCUUAACUAUGUGAAAGGAUCUAGGAAACCCCACUCUCCUUGCUGGUCUCACUUAUCAUUAAAUACCACCUGGAAAGUAGCAAACAGAAAUCAAUAAAUGUUUUUAAAUGUA